AUGUUUAACGGUAUGAUGGAUCCUGAUUUGAUCCGAAUCGCUCAAGAACAGAUGAGUCGUAUGACACCUGCUGAUAUGGCCAGGAUCCAACAACAGAUGAUGUCUAAUCCAGAGUUGAUGAGGAUGGCUUCAGAAAGCAUGAAGAAUAUGAAUCCUCAAGAUUUUAAAAUGGCGGCUGAACAGUUAAAGCAUACACGGCCUGAAGAGAUGGCUGAGAUUGGUCAGAAGAUGGCUAAUGCAUCUCCCGAAGAAGUAGCAGCUAUGCGUGCUCAUGCUGAUGCUCAGGUCAAAUAUCAAUUGAGUGGGGCUGAGAUGUUGAAGAACCAGGGAAAUGCACUUCACAGUCAAGGAAAGUUCGAUGAAGCUUUGCAGAAGUAUAAGCUGGCUAAGGAAAACAUUAAAGAGAUUCCAUCUUUUCAAAGUAGAAAGCUUCUUUUGGCGCUUUCACUAAACUUGAUGUCCUGUUACUUGAAGACAAGGCAGUAUGAAGAAUGCAUAAAUGAAGGUUCUGAGGUUUUAGUAUAUGAUGCAAAGAACCUCAAGGCUCUUUAUCGAAGAGGUCAAGCGUAUAAGGAACUAGGCCAGCUACAUGAAGCCGUUUCUGAUUUGAGCAAUGCAGUUGAAGUGUCUUCUGGCGAUGAUACAAUUGCAGAUCUUUUACGGGAUACCAAGGAACAGUUGAUAAAGGAAGGUGGUGAUCGUGCACCCAGAAAAUUAGUAAUUGAAGAAAUAACUGAAGAAGACGAGAAUGUGCCUUCUGGAAACAACAGAAGCUCUUCUUCUGAACAAAAAGUUGAUCAACCAAAAAAGUUUGGUGACUCUUCUAAGAGUAAAAGUAUAGCUAACAAUGGGAAUCCAAAAUCAACUUCAGAGAGUUUAGAUGCACUGAAAAAAGAUCCAGAAGCCAUCAGAUCAUUCCAAAACUUCAUUUCAAAUGUCGAUCCUGCCACUCUGGCUUCUUUAAAUAAUGGACAAUCCAAAGAUGUGUCUCCAGAUAUGAUUAAAGCAUCCUCGGAAAUGAUUGGCAAGAUGUCACCUGAGGAACUUCAGAAAAUGCUUGACAUGGCAUCUUCAUUUCAAGGGGACAAUCCAUUUUUUGGAGGAGGUUCCUCUAAUUCUCCUUUCAACCCAGGAUCUAUUCCUCCCAACGUGACACCCGAUAUGUUUAAAACUGCAAGUGAUAUGAUGAGUAAAAUGCCACCAGAUGAGCUUAAGAAGAUGUUUGAAAUGGCAUCCUUACUGAAAGGGAAAGAAUCUAUUCCAUCAUCAGCAGCUGUGGACAAGAAUGAAAGAAAUGUUUCACAGUCAAACUUCCCAUCCUCAAGCACCACUCGUGCUUUUGGAGAACCAAGUUCUUCUAACAAUGCGUUUUCAAAUAUUAGAAAUGCUUCAGAGCCAAACUUCCCAUCCUCAAGUAUUGAUUUACAAGAACAGAUGAGAAACCAGAUGAAAGAUCCAGCUAUGCGGCAGAUGUUCACAUCAAUGGUUAAAAAUAUGAGCCCAGAAGUGAUGGCAAACAUGGGAGAGCAAUUUGGUUUCAAGCUUUCACCAGAAGAAGCAGCAAAAGCUCAGCAGGCGAUGUCAUCCUUAUCACCAGAGAACUUGGAUAAAAUGAUGCUUUGGGCGGACAGGCUUCAAAGAGGAGCUGAAUGUGCUAAAAGAACAAAGAAUUGGUUGCUAGGAAGAUCAGGCCUUGUCUUCGCAAUAUGCAUGCUCAUUUUGGCUUUCAUUCUUAACCGGUCAGGUUUCAUUGGUAGCUAGAAUAAGUGUUGCAUAUUAUAUGAGUUUCCUUAGUGGUUCAAACUCCGGCAUGGCCUUGUGAGGCAAAAUGAUUGAAUGUCAUAUCUGCCAAAGUAACCAAGGAGAGAAGAGGUUGAAACAUAGUAACAUACCAUUGAUUAUUUGGAAAGCAAUGCCAUAAUGUUGUCUCAACAGAUUUUACAAAUUGAGGAUGUGAUUGACACUUUAUUUCCCUCUCUGUAAUAUAUUAGCUUUUGAAUUAUUUAAUGUUUAUCAUGUAGUACUAGGAAGAAUCCUUCCAUUCAGUAAAUUUAGUCAUUGCCAUACCCUAAUUUUAAUGCUUGUAGUUGUAACAUUCACUCCGGUAGCCAAGGUUUGUGGAAUCAUUUCUGAAUUUUUCAUCUACUGCUGCACGGAAACGCGUUAUGUAUCUAAUUUACACUUAUUUGUUUUCA